AUGAGCGGCCUCAGCCCGCCCUACCCGGACCCGCGCACCGCCCUCACCAUCGACUCUCCCGCGUCAUUCGCCGCCUUCGUCGACUCGCUCGCCGCCCCCUCGAGCUACGCCCUCGCCCACCCGAGCACCAGGGCCCGCUUCAAGCUCGCCCUCUACUCGUACGCCCUCGACCCCGACUCGCCCGUCCGCCACCUCUUCCUCCCGCCCGACUCGUCCCACCCCGAGGCCGCGUCCGUGUCCGACGACUGGACCCUCGCCGCCGCUCAGCAGCAGCAGGGCCGCACCUCGACCUCGAACGACGUCGAAGACGAGUACGGGCCCUCGCGCCGGGGCAAGCCCUGCGCGCACGUGUUCCGCCCGGGCGAGAGCGUCUACCGCUGCCGCGACUGCGGCACCGACCCGACCUGCGUCCUGUGCGCGCGCUGCUUCCACGCCUCGUCGCACGCUCGCCUCGGCCACGACAUCACCGUCAGCACCCACGCCGGCGUCGGCGCCGGGUGCUGCGACUGCGGCGACGCCGAGGCGUGGAAGCCCGGCCGCCAGCGCGACUGCCGGUACCACGGCGUCGAGCACGACUCGGACACGGCGACGGCGGCGAGCGGGAGCGCGAGUGCGACGGCGGCGGGCAAGGGCAAGGAGCGCGCGACCGAGGAGGACGAGCAGGCCGAGGCGGCAAAGGACCGCGUCGCCCGUAUCCUCGCGCUCGCGCUCGACUGGGCCCUCGGCGUCCUCGAGCGCUCGCCCGAGGUUCUGCGCACGCCCACGCGCCUCGAGCAGGUGACGGGCGUCCCGAGCUCGUCGCCGCCGGGCACGGCGCGCGCCGGCGAGACGCGACGCUCGGGCCAGCGCGACGAGCCCGACGAGCCCGACCUCGACGCCGACGUCGACGGUGACGAGGCGACGGCAACGACGCCUCGCGCGACGCUGCGCAACCUCGCGGCGCUGCUGCGCGCCGGCGGCGGCGACACGGUGCUGCGCGCCGGCGACGGCGCGACGCUCGAGCCGCAGGCGGUCUUCGCCCAGCUCGCCGACGUCGAGGGCGACACGUUCGUCCUCCCUGGGCCUGCCGGUGCCACCGGGCGCGCAGCCGAGGGCGAGGGCGAGGGAGGAGGAGCUGGCGAGGGUCAGGGCGGCGAGGCCGCGGCGGAACUUGAUCGGCGGGUCGAGGCGCUGCACCGGCUCGUCGGGCUCGUCGUCGACCAGGGCGGCACGCCUAUCGCCAUCGCCGGCGCCGACGACGACAUCGACGAGGAGCACACGCCCGCCGUCUUCCUCCCCGGAGCGUUCCCGCACUCGUCGUCGUCGUCGGCUACGAGCCGAGAUGCGCCCGCUGCCCCGCUCGAGCAGACGACGCCGCCGUACGCCGUCAUCCUGUGGAACGACGAGCAGCACUCGUUCCGCGAGGUCAUCGACCAGGUCUCGCUCGCCGUCGGCUGCUCGGCGUCGGCCGCAUCCGCCGUCGCCAACCGCGUCGACACGCACGGCCGCGACGUCAUCCUCGUCACGCCCUCUGCGACCGAGGCGCUGCGCGUCGCGCGCGUCGUCGCCCAGAUCAAGCUCGUCGUGACCGUUCGCGAGGCGCGCGACACGUUCCGCGAGCAGUGCGCCGCCGAGGUCGUCGCGUGCGUGCGCGACGUCCUGCGCGCGCGGUGCGGCGCCGAGGGCCCGGGCGCGCUCGCCGGGACGGUCGCGAGGGUGUUGCUCGAGCGGGCGAGCGACGGGAGGAGCAGGUGGAUGCGCUGGGCCGAGGUCGAGGGCCGGCUGUGGAAGGCGCCGAGGAAGGUCGGGCAGGAGGUCGCUGUUGCGCUCAUGGGCGUCGGCGGCGAGGUCAAGACGGAGCUCAGCGUCCAGUACGCCGAGAUCUACUCGUCGCUCGCGACGACGUACCUCCUCACCGACCGCGAGCCCGAGAACUCGCUCAUCUUCUUCGGCGUCCAAGUGUUCACCGUUCCGUCGGUCGCGGCCCUCCUCGUCUCGCGCCACUACUUCCUGUCGCGGCUCCUCAAGGUCCUCACGUCGUUCCUCACCGGCCAACUGUCGUCCGACCGCACCCGACUCGUCCUCCCGCCCAACCCGGCGCACCGCACGCUCGACCUCGACUCGCCUCUGAUCGCCAAGCAGCGGCGGUACUUCCAGCUCUUCUCGGACCUGACGCACCUCAUCCAGUGCGCGCCCGUCCAGCGCCUUAUCGCCUCGUCGCCGCACCUCCUCGACGACUUUGCCGCGUUCGCCGCCCUCUUCCGGGGCAUGAACCCGCUGUCGAGGGCCGAGGGCGCCCACGUCGAGUACGAGAGCGAGCAGUGGAGUACGGCGUUCAACCUCACGAUCCAGCUCGCCCGCACCUGUCGCGCGUUCGGCGCCGCGUUCCACCCGCUCGACGAGGUCGACGACGCCGCCCUCGACGGCGGCGAGCGCCGUCCUGCGCCACCGAGCACGCUCGACCUCGCACGGGCGCUGCACGCGCUCGUGACCCGCCUCGUGACGCCGGCGGCGACGACCUCGGGCGGCGACGGCGCCGCGCCCGAGUCGCACUCAGUUGCGCUCGCCGGGCGCACGUACGGCCCGCUCGUGCGCGCGAGAGUGAGCGGCGCGCCCGUGUCGUACCACCACCCGCUCGCGUGGCUGUGGGCCGAGAUGGCCAAGGGCCUCGCCGGGCCGAGGGGCGGCGACGAGGCCAUGAGGGCGGUGGGCGUGAGCGGCGUUGCGGAGCUGCUCGGCGGCGAGGGCUGGGAGGGCGAGGUCAAGCCGAUGGUGAGAGCGAUGGAGGAUCCGCUGCGAGUACUCGCUCUCGUUGCCCAAGUGCGCUCGGGCGUCUGGGUCCGCAACGGCUUCACCGUCCGGGCGCAAAACCUGCACUACCGCGACUACUCGCUCCGCGAGACGACGUUCGAGCAGGACAUCUUUUUCCUCCAGACGGCGCUCGUCGUCCUCGACCCGGCACUCGUCGUCGCCGCACUUGUCGACCGGUUCGAGGUGCACGACUGGCUCGUCCGCCGCGCGUUCGACCCGACCGCCACCGCCGCCGCCGCCAAGAGCCCGUACGAGCCCGAGCAGGCCCUCGCGAUGGUCGACGAGCUCCUCAGCCUCCUCAUCACGCUCGUCUCGGACCCGACCUCGGUCGUGCCCCUGUCGCCGUCGGCCGCGCUCCGCCGCGAGCUCGUCCACUACCUCGCCCUCGCGCCGUGCGUCUACUCGGACCUCCUGCGCCGCGUCUCUGAGCGCUUCUCGGACGACCCCAACAUCGACCGAGUGCUCGCCGACAUCGCCACGUUCAAGCCGCCGAGCGGGUCCAACGACCAGGGCACGUACGCGCUGCGCCCAGACCUCCUCGGCGAGGUCGACCCGUACUUUGCGCGCUACUCGCGCAACCAGCGCGAGGAGGCCGACGGCAUCGUCCGCGCGUGGCUCAAGAAGAGCGGCCGAGGCGGCAAGGCCGGCGACGAGCCCGUCAUCGUCCCUCGCCGGCUCGCCGUCGCCGGCGGCGCGUCGGGCCCGUUCGAGCGCCUGCCGCGCGCACUCGGCGCGCAGGCCCUCCUCGCCGUCGUCUUCUACGCCCUGCGCAUGGGCAGUGCGCUGCCUGUACCGACGCCCGAGGCCGACGACGGCGAGGACGAGGUCGAGCAGCCGGCGCCGCUCUUCUCCGAGGCGGUCGUCGACCAGGCGCUCCAGCUCGCGCUCGUCGCGCACGUCGAGCAGCCCGACGCGCUCGCCGACUUUGCGCUCGUGCCGGUCGAGCUCGAGGACGCCGCGACCGACGCCGUCGACAAGCACGGGUCGCUCGCGCAAGUGCUCGUCCGCAUCGAGGAGGACGAGCGGCUCAAGGGCGUCUGGCCCAAGGCGCGCUUCCUCCUCGACCGCCUCGUCGACGCGCACGGCGCCGCGGUCGCGGACCUGCGUCGCAAGGUCGAGGUCGCCGAGGAGGAGGGCAAGGCGAGCGACGCGGCGCAGGCGGUCGAGGCCAAGCGGCGAGCGGCCAAGGCGCGCCAGGAGGCCAUCAUGCGCCAGUUCCAGCAGGCGCAGUCGGCGUUCCUGCAGAACGUCGAGGACGACGACGAGGAGGACGAGGCGUCGGGCGGCGCAGGCGACGGCGAGGAGGCGAUGCGGUCGGCCGACGAGCAGGACAAGGUCCACGUCGACUUUGGCGACUGCAUCGUGUGCCAGGACGCGCUCGAGGACACGCAGCCGUUCGGCAUGCUCGCGCUCGUGCAGGGCAGCAGCCUGAUCCGCAUCACGCCCGCCCACGUCGGCGACGUGGACGAGCCCGUCCUCGGCGACGAUCGCCCGCCCGUCGACGCGACGGCGUACCACCAGGAGAUCCUCGACCUCCCGUCGAGCCUCGACCGCGACCUGUCCGCUCGUCGGCCGUACGGCGUCGCCGGGCGCAAGGUGCCCCUCCCAGGGUUCGCCGACAGCGGCGACGGCCUCGCCGAGGGCUUCCCGCAGAGCACCAAGGCGGGCAUCGCGGCGUCGUCGUGCGGGCACCUCAUGCACCUCGCGUGCUUCGAGCGGUACUGCCAGUCGCUCGAGCAGCGCCACCGCUCGCAGCCGACCCGGUGCCACCCGGAGAGCAUCGAGCGGCGCGAGUUCGUCUGCCCGCUCUGCAAGAGCCUCGGCAACGUCCUCCUCCCCGCCGAGGUCACGUCGCCCGCGUUCGUCCCGUACCGUGGCGAGGCCGACUCGAGGUCGCUCGCCGAGUGGGCCGACCCGGACGCCGACCCGCUCGAGCCCGGCAGCCUCGCUCGGUUCGACGCGACCUUCCACCAGCGCAUCGACAAGCUGUCGCUCGUCGGCGACAACGGCGAGGCGAGCUCGUUCAAGCCGUGGCGGGCGACUAUGGCGCUCCCGAUGCUUCUCCCGACCCACUUCAACGACGCCGAGGGCCGCAUGAUCGCCCGCCUGCUCCAGGUCGUCACGGCGCUCAAGCACGAGGUCGGCGGGCCCGGUGCCGGCGUCGCGUCGCUGUCGGGCGACCUCGUCGGGUACACCAUCUCGGCGCUCGAGGUCGCGUCGCGAGGGACGGCCGAGCCCGCGUGGGCCCUCACCGAGGGCAACGUCCGCCUCGUCCAGAGCCUGUUCGCCGCCAUGCAGGACCUCGCCGAACUCAUGACCCAGUCGGUCGAGAGCUCGCGCAUCGCCGCCGUCUCGGUCCGACAGCGCCUCGGCGGCGUCUUUGCUCGCGGCACCAAGUUUGCCGGCCUGCCCUUUACGCUGCUCGACCCGCUCGGCGUCGUCAUCGAGGCGGCCGUCUGCAUGCCCUCGUCCUUUUAUCACGUCGUCGCCGUCGCCUUCUACACGGCGCUCGCGCAGAGCCUCCUCGGCGUCUACCGCCUCCUCCACGCCGGGUCCAGCUCGGCGUCGACAGCCACCUGGACGAGCGACAAGGUCGACGACCGCCAUCAGCAAGAGUGCGCCGACCUGUUCCGCGUCCGCGACGUGUUCGCGAUGGCGCCGGCCCUGUUCGGCAAGGACGACUCGCCUGACCACGAGACGGUCGGCAAGCUCGUGCACGCCCAGAUGCUCGUCUUCCUGCGGCGCGCCAGCAUCGUCGCGCGCGUCGUGUUCGGCGAGCCGAGUGGCGGCGGGCAGGACACGCCGCUCGACGCCGACGUCGAGAACGGGCCGAGCGAGUACUCGCGCCUGCUCGAGCUCUUGCGCAUUCCGGCGCCGAGCGAGGUCCUGCGCCCGUACAACACGGCCGAGUCGGCCCCGAGCGUCGUCACGCUGCGCGCACACCUGUCGACCUGCCGCGACUCGAUCAGCGACACCCUGUUCUCGACGUCCGACCCGGCCGAGGCCCGCAAGGCCCUCAUCCUCGACGACUCGAUUGCCGAGCUCGAGCACCCGGUCCCGUACGAGCUCCUCGGCCUGCCGCAUCAGCUCGACACGCUCGUCGCGUACGCGCUCGAGACGCCGUGCCGGCGCUGCGGCGAGGUGCCUCGAGAUGCGGCACUGUGCCUCCUCUGCGGCGAGAACCUGUGCGCCCAGAGCUUCUGCUGCAUGGUCGGCGAGAACAACGCGAUGCACGGUGAGUGCAACGAGCACAUGUGGACGUGCGGCGGCUCCGUCGGCAUCUACUACCUCGUCAAGAGCAACGUCAUCCUGUACCUGCACGCCGACAAGGGCGCGUUCUCGACGCCACCAUACCUCGACUCGCACGGCGAGGUUGACGUCGGCGGCCGACGCGGCCGCAGCCAGUUCCCGCAGUACCUGCACCGAGGUCGGUACGACGAGGUGCGCCGACUUUGGCUCGCGCACGGCGUCCCGACUUUCGUCGCCCGCAAGCUCGAGGCGACCAACAACCCUGGAGGAUGGCAUGCGUUCUAG